UCCAACGCCCCCACCCCUCCUCCUUCCUUUUAAACUUGGCAUUUUCUCUCUCCUUUGAUUCGAAACAAUCUCUGUUUUGCACAUAAACAACGCGAGGAGUCGUCUCCUUGUCCCUCUCCUUCCCCACCAUAAACCCAAGAAAAGCCCCAUGGCGUCGUCGGCCCGCGCCGGCGCGGGAGGCAGGGCCGAGAGGGGCGGCAGGGAGCUGCGGAUGUCCAUCGAGGAGGUGGCCAAGAAGCUGUCCCUGUGGCACACCGCCACGUUCCGGCCAAUCCUGACCCACGACGAGCUGGAGCCCAUCCUCGCCGCGGCCGGCUUCGUCGCGCUGCCGGCGCCCAAGGAGGAGCGCCCGCCGCCCGCCGUGGCGUGGCGGGAGUACGCGUUCCUCGGGGGCAAUGCGGCGGCGCCGCGGUGGCUGGGCCCGCGGCCGCGGCUGCCGUACCCGCGCGUGGACGGGCUGCACCUCAAGACGUACGAGGCGUUCCUCGGCGCCGUCGAGGCCUACCUCGGCGCCGGCCGCGUCUCCAACCUCUUCCACGUCAGGCUGAUGCCUGUGACCAACCCCGACCGGGUGUUCGACAAGUUGUUCCGGCCGAUGCGGAACUUCAGCCCGGAGGAGGACGGGCUCAUCGUGUACCGGGAGGGCACCAUGGAUGACCUCACCUUCGAGAUGUGCAGCCACCACACCGCCAUCGGGGACGACGGCUACCAUGUCAUCCCGGGCAUCAGCUGCAGCGACCUCGGCUACCUGCGCAAGGUGGACGGCAACUGCCACCAGGAGGGCUGCUGCGCGGCCAGAUACCCAGCCGCUGGCUACGACUUCUUCCCCGUCCCGCUCAAAGAUCUCUUCCCUAACUGAUUAGCUGAAACUUGUUGUCAGCUGAAUUGGUGCAAUCUUGAAAAGGUGAUCAAGAGAGUAAGUAUUAGUAGCUGAAUUAGCAGCUAGUGAGGCGUCAGGUGCAUGAUUGCAGUGGACAUUGUGUUGUUCAGGUUGUUCGUUCCUUUUUCUCCGAGUGUAUAAUCUGUUGCCAGUUGCCUGUAUGCAUGUUGAUG